GAAGACUGGUGGAGGGUCAAGGUAAAGGGUGAAUCUCAAGAUCAAAGCACUCCCACUGGUCUUGUUCCUGCUGCUUAUGUGGAACAGGCCGACCACUUGUCUUUGGUUAAAGCUCUCUGUGACUAUGAGGCCAGUGCUCCGGGAGAACUCACGAUUAUCGAGGGCGAAAUCUUGCUUGCUUUUGAGCCUGAUGAUGAGUGGUUGCUGGUUCAAAGCACCAAGGAGGGCGGUAAAGCUGGCUAUAUACCGGCGAACUACGUAGAGAGACAUGUAGAAGGCACUGAAGAAGAAGCAACGGAAGAGCAGCCAGCAAAUCAACGAAUUAUAGUUCCACCUUCACCCACUCCUUCUCCACCCACAUAUGUUGAUCCUGCCGAUAGAGUCGCGUCAUUGAAACUCAACGCCAAUGAUAUCAAGGCUUGGUCCGUAUCAGAGGUCGACAAAAAAGGAAAGAAGAUGAAGGGAACACUCGGUAUAGGUAGUGGGGCAGUGUUCUUCGCCAGCGAAACCAGCAAGGCAGCGGUGCCGAAAUGGCCCGCAAGCUCAAUCAGUAAUAUCGACGUCGAAAAGGCUAAACAUGUCCACUUUGAUGUUGAGGGUGGAGUCAGCUUACAUUUCAACGUUGGCUCCAAGGACAACUGCGAAGCGAUUGUCGUGAAGCUAGAAUCUCCAAAAGCCUUAGCUCUUCAACUUUCGGAGGAAGCAUCUGCGCCGACACCCAGCAGAGCUCCUCCGCCACCUUCGUUAGGUUCGCUUCCAGCAAGACCAGUUAAAGCCUCCGUCCAUUUUGCUCCCGAGUCCCCCGCAAUUAUACCGUCUCCCCCUGAAGCAGAGGAACCAGAAGAAGAGGAAGAACCGGAAGAGGAGGGAGAAAUGGUUGUAGCGCUUUAUCCGUUUACUGCCGAUGGAGACGAUGAAUUGUCUGUGAUUGAGGGCGAACAGCUAUUGGUGCUAGAAAAAGAUGAUGACGAGUGGUGGAAGUGUCGGAAUGCUGAAGGCCCAGAAGGAGUGGUCCCUGCGUCAUAUAUUGAGCUCGCGCCUUCUGACCGCCAGACUGCGCCAAGAUCCACUCCCCUCGAAGAGGAACCAGAAGAGGAAGAGGAAAAGACUGGGAAAAUGGCGGCGAAAGAGGCACAAACCCGAGAACGAGCAGAGGCGGAAGCUGCUGCUGCUGCGGCCGCCGAACGUGCGCGGAAAGAGGAAGAGGGACGUAGAGAAAAGGAUAAGGAAAGAGAGAGAAAGAAGAAGGAGGCGCAAGCGCGAGCAAAGGCUGCUGAAGCCGAGCGGGCCAAGAGGACGCAGGCUGCAGCCGUCAGCCAUCCUUCGCCUCCACCUUCAUCAGCCAACAACAGUCGUUCUUCACCCCGCAAAGACCGCCCUAGCUCUUCAUCAGGACGAACCUCCGCCGAAAACGGUUGUAUGUGCCUUUUUCUCCUGGCCUGUUUCAAAACCUAACGACUGUUUUCAGUCCGUCCUGCGGAUCGUGUCCGG